AUGAGUAGUAUGACAUUUUUUUUUGUAUUUGUACUUAUAUUAACUUUCCUUUUUUUAGUUCUUAAUUUUGUUUUAGCACCACAUAACCCUUAUCAAGAAAAAUAUAGUAUAUUUGAAUGUGGGUUUCAUAGUUUCCUAGGUCAAAAUAGAACUCAAUUUGGUAUAAAAUUUUUUAUUUUUGCUUUGGUUUAUUUACUGUUAGACUUAGAGAUUUUAGUUAUAUAUCCAUUUGGUGUUAGUGAAUACGAUAAUGGUAUAUACGGAUUAAUAAUUAUGCUUAUAUUUACUGGUAUUAUUACUGUGGGAUUUGUAUUUGAAUUAGGUAAAAAUGCAUUAAAAAUAGAUAGUAGACAAUCUGUUGUUGAUUCAUAUAAAUCGAAUUCUUUUGUAAACACUUAUUCUCAAAAUUAA